GAACCGCGAGAAGAUCUUGGUGUUCUGGGGGCGGUGGAGGGCUCGCUCUAGGCGCUGCAGAGCGGGUUGAGGCAGCGGCAGCGAGGGAGGCUGUCGAGUUGUUGUUCGAUACUUUCCAUGUAGUGUCCAAGAUAAUUAAUGAUCUGAAUGCUCUAGCAGUGGAGGUUUGUGGCGACUACCUUGGACAUGUACUUGAGCUUCUAAAUUCAUGUUCCACUGAAGUACUUGAUCUUGUAAAGCAGAGUAUUUUACAGGGUGGAAAACUCCUGAAGGAUCUUGUGCCUCUAGUAAUGAAUUCAAUAAUAGAAACACUAGUUCAGAAGUCUGUGGAGGACUUGAGACAACUAAAGGGAAUAACUGCAACAUAUAGGAUGACUAAUAAGCCUCUUCCUGUUAGGCAUUCACCAUAUGUGGUAUGGAUAUUGCGUCCCUUGAAGGCUUUUUUGGAUGGUGAGCGAGCUGCCACAUAUUUGACGGUGAAAUCAGGAAUGAACUCUUACGAGGUGCUGCCUUUGAGAUCACUGGUCGUUAUCAUGUAUUGGCUGCCGACCUCGUUAGUGUGGCUAGGAAAACAGAGUCUUCACUGCAGAGAAUACGUCAGGGUGCACAAAGACGAGCUCGAGCAAGCUCAGAUGUCUAAGACCAAUGCAUUAAAAUAAGUGAACAUAUCAAAGCAAAAUGAUUUUCAUCAUUUCUUUCAUACUUUGGGUCUCUUUGUACAGACUUUCUGAAAGGAAGGCAUUGAGCAUAGGUAUAUCCAUCCAUUUCAAUGGAAAAUGAAGUCCUUUGCAUGGAGGCUUACACAUGAUGUAAGAUGUAGCAUAUUUAAGUUUGAGAUCAGAAAAACAGAUCGAUAGUGUUAGUUUCUUCUCAAGUGUAUUUGGUGGUUGUGAAUUUGACGAAAAAUUAUUCAUGAAAUUCGAGUUUAAAAAGGUGUGUUUUAUAUAACUGUCAUCUAUAAUUCUCAUAAA